UGCAGGAAGUACGAGUGUCCUGUGGGAUACAGCCGCGUCAUGGACACGUGCUUCAGGUUCGUCAUGUCCAAAAGGUCAAGGUCGUCUUGGGCAGACGCACAGGACGAGUGCCUGGACUGGGGAGGGAACCUCGUGACCAUCGACGACAAAAAGAAGGAGAAGUUCAUCAGGCAGCACCUGAGGAACAAUUUUAGACACAUUGAAGUGUUGAAGCUGUUCACUGGUCUGAUCUACACCGACGCAUUAGCUCGCGCCCCCUACGACCCUCGCAAUAUCAACCACAGCCAACAAGGCGACUCACUCAGAUGGACCCUGACGAAACAAGCCGUUGUAACCCGCCAGUUUAACACCACGAUAAAUGUGGGCAAGUACCAUCCGGUCAUCGAUGGACUCCCGGGGAACCCCCUAAGCCCGGCGAGUUUCCUGGCCUGUGUGGUGCUGGUCUGGGAGCCGAACGCCAACGCCGAACUCUCGUGGAGGUUCGAGAGUUGCAGCGAGGAGAAGCUCAACUUUAUCUGCGAGGUCAGGAUUCGUGAGGAGAAGGGGGUUAAAGGUCGAGUUAAGCGCUCAGAUCACGACAACCCCUAUGUACACAUGGACCUCAUAGGAGACGAUAGGAAUGAGGGUGAUGACGAGUUAGACGAUGAGGAUAUGUAUGAUGAGGAAGAGGAUAUAUAAGCCUGUUUUUAAACCGAACUCCUUUGUUACAUUGACUCCAUUUUCUCCAUAUGUCGUUUGAUCACCUUCACCCUACGGCACAUCCUGGCACCUCCAGUUUGCCGUCUGCUCGACAUAGGUUCAGCAACUGUUACAUUUCGCGCAUCUGGUCUGAACAUUGUCUCCACGUUUUGGACUUAUCAAAUAUUUUUUUAUUUGGCUGUGAAUUCAAGAAAAAAAAAUCUUAAGGGAUUUACAUUUUGCCCUCGUCACGUUCAAAGUGUAUAUAAGCACAUUAGAGCACGAUAAAACGAAACAAAAUGUGAUGGAGAUCAGAGAUUGUGGGUGACAUUAAGGCGAUUGUGGUGGGUUGCUGGGGGGUCAGAUACAGACAGCCCCAGUGUGAUAGUGAUCUAGGUGGGAUGUGGAAAACUGCUGAUCACAAUGGUGACAAGUUUUAGCUUCACGCUAAAUACAAUAGUGACAAGUUGUUUUAGCUUCACGCUAGAGCAUAUGUUGCUAAACUCAUUGAAGCAUCUUUGCUUUGUUUGUCGAAAGCUAAAGCACAUAAAACAAGUUAACCUGAGGUUUUACGGACAUUUUCUACUCGGAUGUUUUCGGAGAAUCCACUGUUUAGCAUGUGCAGGGUGGGGGAAAUGGACUGUGACGGGGAUAAUCUUAGGCUUUGUUAAUCCAAGAAAACAUCCACAAAUGGUAAAAUAGUUAAAAAGGUUCUUAAAUAAUCCUGACCUACGUCUUAGACUGCACACCAUGUAAACAAAGUGUAAAUAUAUUAUUUUACAAUAUAAAUUUUGGUUUAAUAUAAUAUUUAUAAUAAUUGCUGAGUAUUUUUACUAUAGUAUUUUUUUAAAUAAUAAUUAAAAUGUACAUUUUUAGAAGUCAGACAUUUUUUUUUCCUUUGAUCUAUUUUCUCAACUAAGUGUAGAUUCUUAAACAUAGACCAACGUCGUGGUGACCAUUAAAUUGUAGGUUUCCGAAUGACCCAAACAAUGACUAACAGCAAGCUGGCUAUUAGAAUUUAGGUCAAUGUUUCAUAUGGCUUGUAUGCACCUUUUAAAAAAUAUUGACAUAGAAGAAAAAAUUGCAACAUAGACGUGACGUAGUUUGUAGACUACCCCACCUUCCACCCCAAACGAUGCUAAUACCGCCGAAAGCAAUUAGGAAUGACGUGAUUACUAAGACUCGAUGUUGCUAGUUUAUGAUGGUUAUUCAAGAUAAAAGAUUCAACAUAAAAUUAGAUCACGCAGUGGUGAGGUGUGGGAGAUUAACACUCUGUAAACCGGACCGUUAAUUCAUCCCCUGGUGUCCUAUAGAAUCUAGACGCCUACAGCUGGGCUUGUCUCAGUGCGAGGUCACGUGACAACAAGGUUGGAUCUGUGUGAAAAACCCCUCAACAUUUUAUGCCGUCCACAGAUUAAAUUAAUUGACAACG